GGGUAUGUGGAGGGUCCUAAAUUUUGUCUCUCAAUUACUGCACGCUCCAUCUAUGGCGCGUGAUCCGCUGACAUGAAAGCACCAAACGUUAAGCACAAAGUGAGAGUAGAAAGCAAUUCAAUUAUUUCUCUUCCAAGAAUCUCCUCCCACAUAAGCCAACCACAACCUCAAAUCUGCACCAAAGAAUCACAAAAGAUACAAUAGUAAUAAUAUUAAUAAUUAUAGGAAAAGGAACCUCGCUCAAACUAGGUAAUCUAAAGAGAAGAACUCUUUAAAAUGGUGAUAUGAAUCAAUUUAGAAGUAGAAAAAGUUACAAUUUUAGUACUUGUAUGCUGUUUUAGUUAUGGAAGUUUUAGAGAGGGAGGAAGAUAUUAGCCCUAGAUAUUCAUUUCAAAGGAAUGGAUCAUCAUUGUCUUGUGUAGUACCACCAUUCUUGCUCAUUGAUAACAUCCCCAAAAAGAGCUUGUCCUAUAACAAGCUACCUGAGGAACCCCUCAAGCUCACUGUCCUCAAAUUAGAUGGCUCUUCCUUUGAUAUUAAAGUAGCAAGGAAUGCGACAGUGGCAGAGCUUAAGCAGGCGGUGGAAGCUGCCUUUAGUCAUUUACCAAAGACGGGAACAGGCAAGGUUUCAUGGUCACAUGUGUGGGGGCAUUUUUGCUUGAGCUACGACGGGACGAAGCUACUUACUGAUAGUGAUUUGUUGGGAACUUAUCGCAUCAAGGAUGGUGAUAAGCUUAGUUUUAUGAGGCAUGUCUCCAUUAGUUACAAUCUGGUCAAGACACGAUCGGAGAGAGAGGACCGCAACGAUAAUGAACCUAGUAUAUCUAAAGGCUGUGAAGUCAGACAGCGGAAAGGCAAACAAGAGGAUAAUCAUCAUCAACAUGACUUAGGGAACCAUCAAAACAAUAUUCAUGACCAUAACAGGGGUGUUGUCGCCAAUUGUGAAUCCAGGUUGGUUCAUUUGUUUAGAGGGUGGUUCCCCUACAAAUUGGCAAGCCCAGAGUGGAGAAUAACACGCAAAAGGAGUGCAUCGAGAUCACACGAUGGUUUUCUUAUGGAAUCAAGAGACUUGGAUAGCAACGAAUAACCAGCAUCUUUGAAAGUCUGGAAUCCAAUAACUGUUUGCACAUGUCAAAGAGAGUUGGAGAGUGAAAUGGAAAGCAUUCACCUAUGGCUGAAGCUCCAAACUUGACUUCCAUUGAUUUCAGUGUCCAAGCCAAUUCUGCAUAGAAGAUUAAUCAUUGCUAGCAUCUGUUCCAUUUCCUCAUUUGCAGAUGACAAUUAGUUGUGUAGACAUGAUUGCUUGGUGUUAGGCAUGUAAUCUUGGGAUUGUGCUAAAGAGCCCCGACAUUUCCUCUCUAUUUACGCCAUUUCUUGGUUCAGUGUAAUCAAAUCCAGAUUUUCAUCCUUCUUGCCUAAGAACGGAAAUACACAAAUAUCAAUGUAUCACUUGGUCAGUGAAAAGAACAAAUCCAUUUAUCAUCA